CUUGUUGGCAUCACUGGGAAUCUACCUCCUCACUUCAGACAGAUACCGGGACUUUUUUUCAUCAUGACUCCGGCGUCUUCGCCCGUGUUUUUAUCGAUACUUUUGCUGAUCCAGGCAGUUGUGGUGACGUCUUACUGGAUCCCUCCAAGAAAACCACUACAUGAAAAUAGAGACUACAGUAACGAGUCUGUUGCCAAGAUUCAUUCAGAUUUCGAUAAAGGCAAUGGAAAUAUUAACUAUUUCCUGGAAGGCAUUGGAGCCAGCGAGGCGCCCUUUCAUGUGUUUACAGUGGAUCAGAAAUCUGGACUCAUUAAACUCAAUAAGAUGCUUGACAGGGAAUUCAUCGACACCUACAAUUUGGCAGGUGUUGCUAUGUAUGCCGAUGGGACACGAGCAGAGGAGGAUGUUCCCAUAAGAUUCAAGGUUAUAGAUGAGAAUGACAACCCUCCAGUGUUUGAUAUCAUCAGGCCAGGGGCGGUGAAUGAGCACAGUCCUCCAGACACUGUAGUACUGAGAAUGAAUGCGACCGAUGCCGACGAACCAGGGAAUGACAACUCAAAGAUCAGAUAUAGUCUUGUUGGUCAGAACCCGCCAGGUGAUCUGUUCUACAUUACUGCAAAUGGAAUCAUCUGUGUGAAAGAUUCUGCUCUGGACAGAGAGAAAGCAGAUAAGUACGUUCUGAUGGUAAAAGCUCAAGACUUGGAUGGUCGACCAGGAGGAAACGUUGCAACCGCCACUGUUACUAUCAGUGUCAACGACGUGAAUGACAACCAGCCCACACUUGAAAAAAACAAGUAUGAGGGCAGCAUUGAAGAAAACACUCAAGGUGUGGAGGUGAUGAGACUUAAAGCAAAUGACUUGGACCUGAGGGGCACAGAAAACUGGCAAGUUGUGUAUAAUAUCACGGAAGGCAAUGAAGCUGGGUACUUCAGCAUUAAAACAGACCCCCAAACCAACGAGGGAAUCCUGAUGCUGGACAAGGCUGUGGAUUAUGAAGACGUUCAGGACCUUAAUCUUGGAAUAGUUGUGUUUAACAAGGCUGCCGCAUUUGGAGGAGGCGGAAGUGGAUCUGGGUCUGGAAGUGGAUCUGGGUCUGGAAGUGGAUCUGGGUCUGGAAGUGGAUCUGGGUCUGGAAGUGGAUCUGGGUCUGGAAGUGGAUCUGGGUCUGGGAGUGGAUCUGGGUCUGGGAGUGGAUCUGGGUCUGGAAGUGGAUCUGGAUCUUGGGGUUGGUCUAUGAAGGGUCUGAAAAAGUAUCCUGUCAAAAUCAAUGUGAAGAACAAACCAGAGGGUCCAGCUUUUCAACCCAAAACCAAGACUAUUACCAUCUCAGAGGGGGGCAACAUCGUCAGCAUCAAUAAAGUGAUUGCUCGCUACCCUGCAAUAGAUGGAGACACAAAGAAACCAGCGAAGAAUGUCAGGUAUGCAAAGGGGGCAGACCCUGACAACUGGCUAAUCAUCGAUCCGGAGACAGCUGAAAUCAAGCUGAACAAGAUUCCAGACAGAGAAUCUAAAUACCUGAGAAAUGGGACCUAUUAUGCUAAUAUUAUCUGCAUCAGUGACGAUGAACCUGGUAAAACAGCAACUGGUACAGUAGCCAUUCAGGUGGAAGAUUUUAACGACCACUGCCCCACCCUUACCAGCACCUAUCAGUCAAUGUGCACUUCAGCUGAUCAUGUUAUUGUGAAUGCUAAAGAUGAGGAUCUAUAUCCUAAUGGACCUCCUUUUGUUUUCGAAAUUCUUCCGGAUGGCACUGAGGGAAAAUGGAAGGUGGAGCAUCUUAAUGACACUGCAGCUAUACUGAGAUCUCAGGAGACAAAGUGGCCAGGUAUCUAUAAAGUAGCAUUUGAGGUGAGGGAUGAGCAAGGACAGGCCUGUCCAGAACCUCAGAAGCUGGAGGUUCAAGUCUGCACCUGUGAGGACGGAGUGAUGUGUGGGCAACGAGGAAGCCAAGGUCAACUCGCCAAGACAUCCGCCUUUGGACCUGCAGGCAUUGGACUGCUCUUCCUGGGUCUGCUGAUGCUACUGCUUAUCCCUCUGUUGCUGCUCUUCUGUCGCUGUGGGAGCGCUGCUGGAAUGCCAGGGGACUUUGCUGAGAUGCCUUUUGAUACCAAAUCACACCUCAUCAACUACCGCACUGAGGGCCAAGGAGAGAACACGGCGGUGCCACUACUGAACAUCCCAACAGCGGUGGAUGGAGAUAUAGUGCAAAUAGAUAAGGGUACAAAAACUUCAGCAAUGGUACCCAUGGACAGUAUGGGCUUCCAGCCGUCCGUUGCCUCCAUGGAUGGAAUUAAUAGGGCCGCUUACGGUGAUGGAUAUUUUAGAGAACGGACAUGGGGAACAAUGAACGAACAGCGUGGCAAUGGCCUCUACUCUGAGUUUCAAGGCAGAAGAUCAGCUGCAGGGGAAGGAUUCAUUGAUGGCAUGGCUCUGCCAGACCACAUCCUUGCAGACUACUACAACCAGAAACUUGCCAGUGGAUACAACGUUGGAGUGGAGGACAGUCCUUUGGUCCAUAGCUAUGAAGGCCAGGGCUCCCCUGCUGGCUCACUGGCUAGUCUCAGCAACCUGGGGUCUGACAAUGACCUGCAGUUUCUUGAUGACCUUGGGCCAAAGUUCAAGACCCUGGCUGGGCUGUGCGGAGGCAAGAAGAUUCAAACUGAAGUCAAACAAGUGAUUCCUCCCACUCACACUUCAGUAUCAAGUUUGAUGACUACCCACACGCUGCCCCCUAUACCUCAGCCGCAGCUCCCUAUACCCCAGCCGCUGCCAACUAUCCCCAAAGCAGAGCGCACGGUGGUCAGGGAGACAGUGAGGGAAAGCACAGUGAGAGAUGGAAUGACGACAGUGAAGGAGGGGAUGGCAAAUCAAGGCCAGAAGCUCCUGCUACAACAGCAACAGCCUGUUUACUACACCACCACCCCUGUGCUGCAGCCCAUGCACUACGUCGUCCAGCCGCAGGUUCAGAAUACUAUGCUUCUGGCUGAGGCACCAGCCACCAACCUGCAAGGCAUGGUCCUGGUUAAUGGCACCCAGACCAUGCCAGCCCAAGGCAUGGUUGUCCAGGGGCAGCCAGUGAUGUCCACAGCACAAGUCCAAGGCCAUGGAGUGGUGCUAGUAGGGGGGGGCGGGGUCCACACAGGCAUCCCUUCUGGCACCCAGACCAUGAUGGUUGUGGAGGGAAAGGUACCUGCAGGUUCUAUGAAAGUGCUGAAGGGGAGCCAGCCCCACCUUGUGCAGGGGGCUACUUUACAAAAAGGAGGGCUUUCGGGAUCCCAGAUAAUUCUGGAGGGCAAAGUCCCUGCAGCUUCUAUGAAAGUGAUAAAGGGAGGCCAGACUACCCUUGUACAGGGUGGCACUCUACAGUCAGAAGGGCUCUCAGGAUCUCAGAGAGUCCUGGUGGUUGGAGGGCCAACAAGCAUUGAAGGGCAGCUGGGAGGCCCAUCUGCUGGCUCUAAGAGCAGUAUUGUGAGUUCAUCUACCACGACAGUAAAGGCCACCCCCACAUACAGCAAGACAGUGGUGAGGGAGAAGUUUACGGAGUUGUGAUGGCAUAAAGAACACUUCCAGGACUCUGGCAAGACAACCUCUCAAGUAUCUCUGUGAGAGACGUGUGCAUGCUACUUUGACGGUGGUGGGUGUGCUACAGCAGUUUGACAAGGAAUUAAGCUACAUGUUCCUACAUGUUCACCUAUGUGCACUACCUGAUCUGGCACUGAUUCUUCUUUUUAUAUUGCAAAAACAUUUCUGUGAAUAUUAUCCAGUAUUUUAUAAUUUGGCUUGCAUCAUACAUAAACAUGAGUUGAUCAAGAAAAUGGCAAAAUAGUUGUCCUGGCCAUGUUGGGAGUUUGUGACUGGUUUAUGAACGACCAGAUAAAAGAAAAAGUUGAAUCCUUAUCUUUGAUCUGACAUUGGACUUCUGCAGUAAAAUCCAAAAGGACCAUAGAUCAAAUAUGAAACCUUACAAACUCCCAAACAAUUGUGUGUCUGGAUAUUGUUCUCCCUCACCUUGUUUGACCUUUUUUGUAUUUAAAAUAUUGCAUUUUUUGUGUGUUUGUUUGUUUUGCCUUGCUUUGACUGCCAUGCCAACAGCAUGGCUGUAGGGACAGCAGUGUCAGUGAGUCAGUCCACAACUUGACUCCAGGCUGCCUUUUCUCAACUACCACAGGAUGCAAGUAUGGUUCCUUAAGAAUGAACAAUCAAGACUUUGGAGCCCCCUUGACUUUUCAUAAAACCCCUCCACUUAGCUGGAGUACAAAAUAUUUUUAUAGCGUGGACCUUUUUCAUAUUUUUGGUGUAGUCUGUAUCUGUAACAAUAAGCAAUAUUAAUUUUAAGUUUUGGUGGGAUUAAACCAAUCAUAAGCCUAAAGGGCAAUAAGGAAUUGAGUUUUACAAUGCAACUAAAUGGGAAGGGGGCAAGGAGCACUUUUUGAAGCAUUUCUGAGAGAUUGCCCCAAAAAUGAAAGCACUGAAGUCACAUUUACAUCUACCUGUGACACUGCGAUUUCAAAAUAUUUCCAAUCUCUCCAGUAAACAAACAAGGUAUGGCUAUUAAUAAAAGAGACUAAUGCUGUUCUACAGUUUUUUUGGACAUAACUUUUUUCAUUGUCUCCUUCAAUAUGCUCCCUGGGUUAGUCACAUGCUUUGACUUUCCAAGGAGCGCAGGCCAGAAACCUCCAUAUGGAGAGAUACAUUUAUGACAAUACAUAAUAAAAUUUGCUCCAUAAUAGCAUGAAUCUGAAUAUGAGGGUGCAACAGACUUUAUGCUAUAAAGGUGGAGGCUGGGGUGGAGGAGGUUAAGUUUCAGAAUCAGCUUUUAAGCAAGCAGGGGUUAGUGAGAAGUAUGUCAUAUUUAAAUACACUGCUGUUUUGAGAGAAAGGGCUGUGAUUGGCUGUGGGAACUGGGAGGCCAUAAUUACAAUCAGCUGACUGUCAGCUGAUCACAGCUGGGCCUGCAUUAACCAACGCUAGGCUUCAUUUAAUGUAUGAAAACAUUCAGCUGCUGUUCAAUUCCACCAAAAAUUUCAAGUUAAUGUGUUGCUCAAAUUUUAAGCUAAUCAUUUUCUGACACCUUAGCAAAAACAUUUGCACUUCCAUCAGUAGCUAGCAGUGGUUUUAUCCUCAUAGGUACAGUCUCAUUAUUUGAUAGCCAUACCUGGUAUAUAAAAACUUUCUUACUUUGGAGAGUGGUGUUUAGCAGUGAUGCUCUCAAAGCAUUCAGAAGCUGAAAAGGAGGAAAAAACUCACAAAUAAUUCCAGGUCUGGAUGAGAGUGUCUGCUCACAACAGCUAUGGUUUCUUUUAAACUUUGUAAGAUUUGUUAAUAUGUUUUGUUUUACACUUAUCACCAGUUUCAUGUCAAAUUAUGCCACAUUCACACAGAAUAAACUUUGUUUCGUGUUAAUAUUUUUAAGCAAAGGGUUGUAAAUUCAAACAUUUUUUUUUCUGUGCAGAGGGAUUUUCAUGUGCUUGAAUACAUUUUGACUUAAUGUCUGUCUCAGGGAUUUCCAAUGUACAGGAUUUACUUCACUUUUUCAUGCUUGCUUGCUUUAAUAAACAUUUUGUACAUAACACAC